AUGAGCGUGGUCAAAGUCACCCCUCUGGAUGCCCGAACGACGCUACAGCAUGACAGCGAUGGCCAACCCAUGCUGUUGCACCUCCCAGUGGAUAUUCAACCUAGGUGGGAUUGUCAAUACCUCUUUGGGGUGUGCUGCUGCCGCACGCAGUGCUACGCCGAGGCGGGAAAGGUCCUCGAGGAGCUCCUCCGCAUUUCCACCCGGCUGCUGGAAAGCUCGGAGCACUGGCAAGGCCGAGGGAAGGUUGAGCAAGAGGUGGGGGAAUCCGGGUCGGUCCUGUCGUGUUGCCAGGUCAUUCAACAACGCCUUGCUGGGCUUCGGUACUGGCUGGGCAUCAGUACGAAGCACCGCUGUCUGGAUCACGCCCCCGGCUUCUUUAAACGCGCCGCCGAGGACAAUCCCUUUUUGUUCUGCGCCUUUGAGGAGUACAUAAAAACGGUGUUGAGACCUCAGGAAUCUUGUUUGACGGUAUUCUCUGUAGGACAGGGAGAGGCCUCCCAAGAGGUUAUGGAUGUGACCAUGCAGGAGCCAACUGAGGACCAAUCACAGCAGCGACGGACAAACAGGGGGGGGGGUAAAUUUGACAAGAACGAGUCGAGUACCCUGAAGAAAUUUUUGAUGCCGUUUGCCACUGUUACCUACCUCCUCGGCGUCUACAACUGUGCCGCCGCGCAACGGUACAUACAAGAUUUUCCACAAAAACUAGCCUCAGUUGAUACCUCCGCGUGGCUGCUUACACAGCAUGCUUUGGCCUUUUUUCAUGACGGCGACAUGCAAGUCAGCGCGAACAUCUUUCAGACACUGCUUAAAACGGCCCCAUGGCGUCUAAACGAUGCCGCAUUGGUGCUCUACAGUACGGCACUUUGGCAGCUUAAAGCUGAAAGCACCCUCGCGGCGCUUUCGCAAACACUUAUGGAACAACUACCAUUUUCGGCAAUAACGCUUUGCGUUGUUGCGAAUACCUAUAGUCUCGCCAAGGAACCCAGACAAGCUCUUGCGAUGCUGGAGCGUGCAAUCCUUAUGGACCCCCUUAUGGCAUAUGCCUAUAAUUUAUGUGGCUAUGAACUUCUCUAUAUGAAUCAAAAAAAUGAAGCUGCUGAAGCUUUCAAGAAUGCAAUUUAUCGAGAUCGCCACCUCUACGUCGCUUAUGCAGGAUUAGGCGAACAAUAUGCUCGGGACGGCAACAUUAUGUGGGCACGUGAGUAUUUUCAGAAAGCUAUUCUUAUCAAUCCGCUUCCGGCAGUGUUAAACCGUUAUGCCGCGACGUUUCAUCGCCAUAAUGCCGCGCAUGAGGAUCUUGAAAAAGCAUAUAAUUUAUACACGGAAGCAAUCGCGCGUCACCCUCGAAACUUGAUGGCACAGCAUCAACGCGCAGAUGUGCUGCUGCUUCUCAACAGAGCAGAAAAGGCAUAUGCACAGCUUUUAGAGCUGAUCCGGGCAUAUCCAAAUGAAGCAAUGCUUUAUAUAUCUUUGGCUAAGUGUGUGCAGUUAAUGGGAAUGCCCGAUAAAGCGGUUAUGUUUUAUCAGAAAGCAAUGACAAUAGAUUCGCGUCAGGAGGUCUAUGUUAAACGUUGCAUUGAAAACCUUGUAUCGGAGACAAGUGAUCAAGUGUGA